UAAUCACGAAGCCAAUGAGGUUAGUGUGUCAUUUUACACGUAUAUCUACCGUGUCUACGUGGUAUAUAUAUACUAGGAAAAUAAGGCUUGGAAUGAUCCGGUCUAACCUUUCUAAACUUCGACAAGCUCAAGGUCCACUAAAUAAAUUUUUGUUGUGCACCUAUCGAAAACACGAUUCUAUAUUAAGUUACACGGCUGACAACACGUCUCUCUCUUUCGUCUGUGAUAUAGACUGUGGGUUGACUUUGUGCGACUAUCAUAGACAAGUCACAAGCAACGAUGCGACUCAUUUUUUUUAUGACGCUCGCCGGAACGUUGGCGCUCGACUCGUUAAACGCUAACGAACGACUGGAUUUUGGAAGCCCUAAAACUGUGGACAAUUCAAAAGCGGCUACUUUCGUUAUCGAUGGGAAAUUCACUGUGCAAUUACUUGUGAGUAUUAAACCGACGGAAGAAGAAAUUGUCCGAAGGCGGACGGUUUUCGCUAAUCGACGGAGACCCAAUCGGAAAGAAAUGUCUGCUACUUUCAAAGAGGAAUUCUCGUUGCAAUUAGCGGAUCGAGGUGCCAUAAUUCGAACUAAAGAGGCUAAUAAAAACCGAUCAGCAAAUGAAGGUCAAGUGAAACGGACAACAACAGCUCGCCCUAAGAAUAGAUUUGGUAAUCGUUUAUCAACGACAACGGCCCGCUACCCACUAUCGAAAAACUCGGCAGAAGAGGACGAUUUGAGAUGGGACUCGCGUAAAACUCAAAAUGUUAAAGGAUCAAUAAGGCCGGCAUUGAAGAAGACGGUCCCGACGAGCUCCAGGCCACGAAUCAAUCGAAUUCGAACAACUACAUUGCGCAGUCCUGUUUCCACGGAUUCUUGGAAAACCCAUUUCGCACUAGUAGAACAGGGAUUUGAUAAUGGCCGCAAUAAAUCAAGGGCACUGCAAAUUCAAAAGCCAGCGGCGAUCGCAAAUGAUACAGUGCCAGUGUUCCAAGAGCAGCCAAAAGAUGUUGACGUCAUCAACUUGAGAAUUGCAGCAAAUCAUGAGGUGAAGGUAAACGAAACUCAAUCGGAUGAUGCCCAUAACUCGGACCUUAUCCAUUCUAAACAAGAUGGUCAUUUGAAAGAAGAGCAGCAAGUUGAGGCUCCUAUUUUUCGACAGGCGAUCGUAGGACAUGAGUUCGCCGUCGAACAACAACCGACUGCAGAAAUUAUCCCUACAAAAACAGUUGAUGUUAAGUUACCAUUGCCAUUAAACAGGAGAAAGCCACCCACUCCGGAGUCCGGCGGACAAGAAUUCCAUGUGAAGGGAACGCUAACUGCGCAAGUUGCCCAAAAUUCAACAGCAACAGCCGAACCGGUUUCAAGGCAUUUGAAAAACGACAAGUUGUUAGAUGGAGGAUAUGAUAACGAGCAGGGGAAAUCGAAAACAAACGAAGAGAACAAACAAGGCGAUUCUUUUGGCAAGAACGAAGAAACUGGAACAAAACCAACGAUGGAAACCGAUAACGCUCCAUCGGUAAAUGCCAGUAAUUGUUCAGUUAUUGCUUUUUCUUUUAACGAAGGCCAACUAGAAGAAAUAGCCAAAUUUGAUGAACCUAUUUUUAGACAUUCAGUUGCUGAUCGUGACUUCUCCAGCGAAAUUACAACUCCGGUUGGUGAUUUGACGACAUCCGUCAUGGAAGUUAGUCAUUUACAACCCAAUAAUUUGGCUGUUAACUCGCCAACAUUAUUAGAUCACAUUCCAGCUGUUAAUGAGCCUGACGUCUCUGAUGAAAUUGCUACGACAGAGGCUGUCAUGGAUGUCUUGCCUAUUACAGAAAUACAACCACCAAUGGCGACUUCAAAGGAUGAAGAUCCCAACGCUUGGAAGAAGAUAGGCGAUAUUGAAAUCCAAAUGAACCCCCAAACGAAGGAAGUUGUCAAUAUCAAAUCUCAAACGACUAGCGGCGUGCAUUUCAUUAUGGCUACCAGCCACAUUCGCAUUUCACUGCAUCCUGAAGAAUCCCGAGAGCUUCCCUGGGACCCGAUAGGUGAUUUUGAAGUUCAAAUGGAUCCCCAAACAAAGCAAGUAGUCAACAUCAGAACUCAAACUCAAACGACCAAACGUCCGGAAACAAGGGCCUACCAUCCGAUAUACCCUCGGUUUGAGCAACACGGUUUCAGCUCCACAGAACAGCCGAGUGUCCAUCAGCCCCCAAAUUUGAAUGCUGAUGACGGCCAAGCUCAAUCGACAGCCGAAGUGCUGGUUAAUAAAACUGAAACUGUUGCUACUGUUCCUCUGCAAACAACAACCAAUCCAUUACGGCUAAUACCUUCUCAAGAGCCCGAAAAAGAUUCAACAGAACUGGGCUAUGAAAUGCGAAUGAAUCAAGAAUCUGAUAAAGAGGUUCGUAUGCAAAUAACUACGUCCACUCCGGAUCAGAGUUCAGUACGGGAAGAGAGCGCAGACAUACCGGCAAUUGGAGGAACACACGCUGACACGAUUGCAGUGAAAUUACCGACAACAAUAGAUCGCAGAAGGCCCAACGAUUCGGACAAAGAGAUUUCCAUAGAGGUGGAUGACGAUGUAACAACCAGAAAGAAGCAAGUUGACCGCGUUCGUGCAAUUGGCAUCCGUAGACCAAGUUCCCGCAAUUCCGAAAGGCGAGGUGUGUUUUUGCUACGUCCCGUCGAUGAAGAAGACGACGUUCCAUUAGAGCCAAAACUAAUGAGGGUGAACCCAAUCAACUUCAAGAAGAAGAAAGUUGUGAUCGUCAAUGAGGAUGAUGACGAAAGAAGAAUCGACGGCCAACGAGGUGAUACCAGGAAGGAAUCCCCAUACUUUUACUACCACUAUGACUCAUCGCACGCGUUGGCUUCAAGUUCAUGUAAUCUUCCACUUUCAGUCGGUUCUGUGUUAUUCCUUUUUUUUGUGUUGUGACAGAAUAGUUGGAGCGAUCUUUAUUUAUAUGUUCCCCAAUUAGCCGCAGGCUAUGCAACAACAGUUUUCUUAAACUGUAAACUUCACUAGCACUUAAAUUCUUUGUUAAUCAUUCCGGGCUAUUCUGUUAAGGAAGGAUGCUCUCACAGGUUGGGCAUCCAUAUACAACUCUUACGUGUUGGGGCUCGCCAUCAAGCAAAACCGUAACGUGAUAAAGCUAUAAAACAAAUGUUUAUAUUGAUCAAACAAGUAGAGUAUUUAUUGAAGUAUUUAUAUGAAAUGUGAAAGUUGUCCAUGGACAAUGUCGGUCUGUUACUAUUUGUCGUGUGCGGCAGGUUGAUAAUAAAGCAUUUUAUUUAUACGUAGA